UUUUUUCCACGUAAUCGACUUAUCCCCACUCCCCCCGAAAUUGCUGGCCUUGUGCCAAAAUUUGAAACCAAUAUUUAAUACGCAUGCGCACUAAACGCACUUCCGCCUCCAUUCAUUACAUCUUGACAAACGUGUCUUGUUCAUUUCUUAACUCCCAAACACAAUUAUAAUAGAUUUCUCCACCACCCGACGCACUUCUAACAACAACACUAUCCAUUAUAAGAACAAUUCCAAUAUCAGAUGACAUUGGAAUAACAAGAUACAUUCUCAUUAUUUAUCAUCUUUUAAAGACCAAAUUGAAAAUAUUGUACAGAGCAGAUAUAUAAGAUUGUUUCUAUAAGUCUAUGGUAGAAUUCCUCUGAUAUAUUUACUCUGAAAUUUGUUAUUAGCAAACUUUCUAGACAUCACUGUCUGGUUGCAAAUUAAACUUGGAUAAAUUUACUGCAGAGUUUUUAGACAAAGGUAACACUGGACAGAAAUACAGCAGUCAAAAUAUUUGUAAACAAAAGACUACAGAAGCAAAAAGAAGAAAAUAUAUAUAUAUUGGGAUUUUAGAAAACUAAUGGAAAAGAGUGAGAAACUAAAAGAUCUGACUUUUCCAGAAGAUAAAGAAAAAGGGGAACAAAAAUUGUCAUAUGACUGUGAUGUCUGUAAAAAGUCUUUCUCUCGAAAGGGUUACUUGAAUAUGCACAAACGUAUUCAUACAGGGGAGAAGCCAUUUCACUGUGAUAUCUGUGGUAAAUCAUUCUCUCAAAAAAUUAACUUGACUACACACCAACAUAGUCAUACAGGAGAGAAACCACAUCACUGUGACAUCUGUGGUAAAUCAUUCUCUGACCCAAGUGCUUUAACUCGUCACAAACGUAUUCACACAGGGGAGAAGCCAUAUUCCUGUAAUAUCUGUGGAAAAUCAUUCCCAUGUAGCAGUGCUUUAACUCGUCAUAAACUAAUUCAUACAGGAGAGAAGCCAUAUCACUGUGACAUCUGUGGUAAAUCAUUUUCUCAGAGUAGUACUUUAACUAGUCACAAGUAUAUUCAUACAGGAGAGACACCAUAUUAUUGUGAUAUCUGUGGUAAAUCAUUCUCUCGAAGUGGCAACUUAGCUUCUCACAAACGUUUCCAUACCAGAGAGAAGCCAUAUCACUGUGAUAUCUGUGGUAAAUUGUUCUCUGCAAGUACUUCCUUGAUUGUACAUAAACGUAUUCAUACAGGAGAGAAGCCAUAUCACUGUGAUAGCUGUGAUAAAUCUUUUUCUGUCAGCAGUAACCUAACUAUUCAUAUACGUACUCACACAGGAGAGAAGUCUAACCAAAGUGAUUUAAAUCGUCACAAAUAUGUUUGCACAGGAGAGAGGCCAUAUCAGUGUAACAUCUGUAGUAGAUCAUUCUGUGACCAAAGUGCUUUAAAUUCUCACAAAUGUACUCAUACAGGGGAGAAACCAUAUUCCUGUAAUAUCUGUGGUAAAUCUUUCCCUCGCAGCUCUGCUUUAACUAAUCAUAAACGUAUUCAUACAGGAGAGAAGCCAUAUCAAUGUGACAUCUGUAACAAAUCUUUCUCUAUCAGUAGCAACCUAACUACUCAUAAACGUCUUCAUACAGGGGAGAAGCCAUAUCACUGUGAUAUCUGUGGUCUAUCGUUUACUCAGUGUAGUGCUUUAACUAGUCACAAGCUUAUUCAUACAGGAGAGACACCAUAUUAUUGUGAUGUCUGUGGUAAAUCAUUCUCUCGCAGUGGCAGCUUAACUUCUCACAAACGUUUCCAUACAGGCGAGAAGCCAUAUCACUGCGACGUCUGUGGUAAAUCAUUCUCUGCAAACACGUCUUUAACUAAUCAUAAACGUAUUCAUACAGGGGAGAAACCAUAUCACUGUAAUGUCUGUAACAAAUCUUUCUCUAUCAGUAGUAACCUAAUUACUCAUAUACGUACUCAUACAGGAGAGAAACCAUAUCACUGUGAUAUCUGUGGUAUAUCAUUUUUUCAGAGUAGUGCCUUAACUAGUCACAAGCAUAUCCAUACAGGAGAUACACCAUUUUCUUGUAACAUCUGUGGUAAAUCAUUCUCUCAAAGUAGCAACUUAGCUGCUCAUAAACGUUUCCAUACUGGAGAGAGGCCAUAUCAUUGUGAUGUCUGUGGUAAAUUGUUUUCUGCAAGUACUUCCUUGAUUGUACACAAACGUAUUCAUACAGGAGAGAAGCCAUAUCACUGUGAUAUCUGCAACAAAUCUUUCUCUGCCAGUAGUAACCUAAUUACUCAUAAACGUAUUCAUACAGGAGAGACACCAAAUUAUUGUGACUACAAUGUGUUUUGUCCAACGCAAAUCGCUGUCGAUAAUAAUGCCCAGGUCAUGUUCACAAGAAGAGUUUUUGAGAUUAGUGUUGGUGGAGGGAAUUAUUUAAUGAUAUUGAUUGAUAAGUAUUUGUUUGGAAUCAACUACAAAAGCAAAAGAGAAACAUCUGUAUAUUUUGGUGAGACUGGAAUAAUUAUGGAAAAUGAAUUGUGUGAAAACAAGGAUGAAUUUCAAACAGAUUUCCAUGAAGUUGAUUCUCCUGAUGCUAUGAUGAAAGAAACUGGUGAUAUCUACCAGUGUGAUAUCUGUAAGAAGAUAUUUUCGCAAAAAUGUAAACUCACUGCACACAACAGCGUUCAUGCUGGAAAGAAGCCACACCACUGUAGUGUUUGUGGUAACUCAUUCUCUCGCAAAGCUAACUUAGCAACUCACCAACGAAUUCACAGUGGAGAAAACCUGUACCACUGCGAUAUUUGCGAUAAGUCGUUCUAUCAGAAAGGUCACCUUAUUAACCACCAGCGUAUCCACACAGAAGAAAAACCAUUCCGCUGUGAUGUCUGCGGUAAAUCCUUCUCUCAAAAGAGUAACCUCACUUCACACAGCCAUGUUCAUACAGGAGAGAAACCAUAUCACUGUGAUAUCUGUGGUAAAUCAUUCUCUCACAAAUGUGACUUAAUUAAUCACCAACGCAUUCAUACAGGAGAGAAACCAUAUUGUUGUGAUAUCUGUGGUAAAUCAUUCUCUCAAAGAAGCACUUUAAUUGUGCACAAACGCAUGCACACGGGGAAAAAGUUGUACCAGUGUUCUGUGUGUGGAAAAUCGAUUUCUGGAACGAGCAACUUGACUAAACACAUUCUCAUUCAUACUGGAGAAAAGCCGUAUCACUGUGAAAUCUGUGGUAAAUCAUUUUCCUGUGGAAAUACCUUAACAAGACAUGAACGUAUUCACACUGGAGAAAAACCAUAUCAGUGCGAUUCAUGUGGUAAGUCAUUCUCUGACAUUGGUGUCCUAACUAUACACAGACGUACUCACACAGGAGAGAAACCAUAUGACUGUGACAUCUGUGGGAAGUCCUUUUCUCAAAUCCAUAACUUAACUACCCACAAACGAAGCCAUACAGGCGAGAAACCAUAUCACUGUGACAUCUGUGAUAAAUCAUUCUCUCGCAAAAAUAACUUAAUUAGUCACCAACGCAUUCAUACAGGAGAGAAACCAUAUUGUUGUGAUAUCUGUGGUAAGUCAUUCUCUCAAAAGAAUAAUUUGAUUGUCCAUAAGCGCAGGCAUACGGGAGAAAAGCUCUACUGGUGUUCUGUGUGUGGCAAAUCAUUCUGUCAGAAGGUUGAAUUGACUUCUCAUGAACGAAUUCAUACAGGUGAGAAACCAUAUCACUGUGACAUCUGUGGUAAAUCAUUCUCUCAAAGACAUCACUUAACUACACACACAAGUAUUCAUACAGAUAAAUAACUAUGUCGGUGUCAAACGUCAGGUUGUGCAAAAUAAAGUAUUCCAUAUUUCUUAACAAAA